UUUUCCCCAUAAUUUUGUGUACUUCGACCGGACCCAAAUACUAGCAACGAUUCAUCCACUCAACCCGGUGUGGACACCCUCGCACCAAACCGGAGCAGAGCGGCCGUAGUCGGCAUAUUUAUCAGCACAAUAGCUAUAUCGCUAUUUCUAACUUGAAUAUUCCAAAGGUUUUUGCGCGGUAAGCGUCGUUCUUUCUUCAUCAUGCUUUAAGCAAAAGAUUGAACUGGAAUUUGGAGAACAAUUUGUUAUGAACUCAUGGGGUCCUACUCCUUUCAGAGAACCCUUUAUUGUUUUGCCAAUAAUUUUUUGGUGACUCGAAGGACUUCUAACAAGUUGAUUAGUUUCACAAAACCGCGUAGGAGUUAUUCUUCAAAUGUGCUGUUUAAAAAGGGUUUCGGUAGGGUGUCAUGUAGUUUGAAUUCUGAUUGUUGUAAAGUUGCACGGAGAGUUUCUUUGCUUUGUAUGAGUACGUCUGUCCAAAGUGCAACACUAGCCCAAGAUGCAAUUUUUGAUUCAGCUGAACUUAGAGAUGGACUAUUGAACCCCAGCUCUUCUGAUGGUAGAGUUAUGCUUAUUGAUGGAACAUCAAUCAUUUAUAGGGCGUACUACAAGCUUCUUGCUAAAUUGCACCAUGGCCACCUCUCAGACGCUGAUGGAAAUGGGGAUUGGGUCUUAACCAUUUUUACAGCCCUGUCUCUUAUAAUUGAUGUCUUGAAAUUCAUCCCUUCGCAUGUGGCGGUGGUUUUUGACCACAAUGGAUUUCCAUAUGGUCACACUUCUCUUUCAUCCAAACAAAGUUUUGUUGCAAAAGGCCUAAAUUUUCGUCACACCCUUUACCCUUCAUACAAAAGCAAUCGGCCUCCCACACCAGAUACCAUUGUUCAGGGACUUCAGUAUUUGAAAGCAUCCAUCAAGGCAAUGUCUAUUAAAGUGAUUGAGGUUCCAGGUGUUGAAGCUGAUGAUGUAAUUGGGACCUUGGCUGUUAGGAGUGUCAAUGGAGGAUUCAAGGUGCGAGUUGUCUCCCCAGACAAAGAUUUUUUCCAGAUUCUGUCUCCUUCGUUGCGUCUAUUAAGGAUUGCUCCUCGUGGACUCGAGAUGGUCUCUUUUGGCAUGGAAGAUUUUGCUAAGAAAUAUGGAACACUAGAACCUUCUCAGUUUGUUGAUGUGAUGUCACUUAUGGGAGACAAAGCCGAUAAUAUACCGGGAGUCGAAGGUAUUGGAAAUGUCCAUGCUGUGCAACUGAUUUCAAAGUUUGGUACAUUAGAGAACCUGCUGCAGUGUGUUGAACAAGUUGAUGAGGAGCGAAUCCAGAAGGCCUUGACAUCAAGUGCUGAGCAGGCUCUGCUAAGCAAGAAUCUGGCCAUGCUUCGUUCUGAUCUUCCGUUCUACAUGGUUCCAUUUUCCAUUGAAGAUUUGACUUUCAUGAAACCUGAGGAUAAUGGGGAGAAAUUCACAAGCCUAUUGACGGCUAUUAGUGCUUAUGCAGAUGGAUUUUCUCCUGAUUCUAUCAUUAGAAAGGCAUUUUAUUUGUGGAAGAAGCUUGAAAGACAGUGAUUCAGAUAGAUCUUUAGCACAUAAGUCAAACUGCAUCUGAAUGGGAUGGGUGGAAAAAAGAUGAUGGAAAUCCUAAACCUGGACGCUAUGAGUACAGUACAAUGGGGAGAGGUUCACGAACCUCUUGACGGCUAUUGCCUAUUGGUGCUUUUGCCGAAAUUUUUUUUGAUGCAGAUUUUAUCAUUGAAAGGGCAUUUUAUCUGCAGGAAGUGAUAGAAAGAAAAUGGACCAGAUAUUUGUGUUGAUCAUCUCUCUAAGAUGGUUUUAGUCAGAUGAAAAAUCCAAUGAGCAGUAUACAACUUUUUCAGUUCUUUCUCUUGUUAGCCUCCCUUUUUAUAAAUUUUACUCUGUCAAAAUCAAUUUUGGCCAGUUACUGAUAUACAAGAGUUCAAUAUCAAUCUCUUCAGUUAAUUUUAUUUUCA